AUGACCGAGGGGCCGAGGGCUGAGGGGAGCCGGGGCCGGGAUGUGGACCACGGGGAGCCCCGGCCGCCCUCGGCCGCCUCUUUGUUCCUGCACUCACGGCUCUGCACUGGCGGUGGUGCUGCGCGCCCCCAAACCCUGCACGACCCCAAACGCUCUCGUUUUCCGGAUGAGAAGGGAAACCACCAGGCAGCUCAGCCAGAGUCGCGGCCGCAAACAAUGCGCGCCGGACGACAACCGCCGCCGCGGCUCCGCACCCGGCGCCCGCCCGCCCGCCCGCCUCACCUGCCGGGUCCACGGCUCAGCGGGUGCCCGCCGCCGCCGCCGCCGCCGCCGCCGCCUCCUCGCCCGGGAGCGAGGGCUGCGGGCCGAGGUGCCGGGCGCCCGCCGUCCGCGCCUCGCCAGCGCUCCUCCAGGCGGCCCGCGGCGGCGCCGAGCGGUGGAAAGCGCCUCCGCUCAAACCGGUUUCAGCUGCUCCAGACCAAACUGCCAGGCCACCCCGCAGGGCGGGGCCGGAGGCCGGCGGGGCGGGGCCUGACGUCACGCCCGGCCGUGCCUUCGGCCAAUCGGCGGUCGCGCGCUAGAGGCGGGCCCGCGCGUUCCUGGAAAGGGCCCGCGACGGCGGCCGACGUGGCCGGGCAUCCCCGGGUUCCCCCGCGUCAGCCUAGUCCUCCGACCCGCGGGGCUGCAGGGUGGCGACGCAGACAGAAGCCAUGUGGCCUGAGAUUGGAGAUGCGGCCCGUGGUUCCCCCCCAAAGCUCUUAG